AUGUCAUCAAUUCCACCCAAUUCACCAAUAAUUGAUUCUGUAUCAGGUUCAUCAUCAUCAGAUCGAACAUCAUCGUCACCUUCAUUAUCAUUGUCAACGGAAUUAUUUAAUCGUUUACAAGCUUUUCAAGUCUAUUUGGAAAUGUCAGGUUCUAUUGAUGCAUUAACAGAUUGUGUAGCACAACUUAAUAUAUCGUAUUCUGUAUCAUAUUCAUCGCCACUUGAACAAUUUAAAGCUAUUCUUCGUUCAAAAAUUCCACAAACUAUUGAAGCUGAUUGUUUACAACAAGAAAUUGAUGAACUUAAAACACAAAUUGCUCAAUUACGUCACACACAAAAUUAA